GUUGCAUGCAGCCGCGACUAGCCGCGAUCAACUCGAGGAACAACCUUAUAACACACUCUACAUAGUCCACAUUGUGAAUAUGCUGUGCUGAUAUCGUGAAUGUCAGACACGAUGAGCUUCUCCAGCGAUGAGGUCAAUUUCUUGGUCUACCGAUACCUACAAGAAUCCGGUUUCCAACAUUCUGCAUAUACAUUUGGAAUUGAAUCCCACAUAUCACAAAGUAAUAUCAAUGGAGCCCUUGUACCACCGGCGGCACUCUUGUCCAUAAUUCAGAAGGGAUUACAAUAUACAGAAGCAGAGAUUAUGAUUGGCGAAGAUGGCACUGAACACAGAAUGGUAGAAUCUUUGUCGCUCAUAGAUGCUGUUAUGCCAGAUAUUGUUGCAACACGACAGAAUCAGAUAAAUCAACAGAAACAGCAAGGAAAGACUGAUGGUCAAGAUACCAAUGGUGAAGAAGUUGUUACAUCCAAUGAAGGUGUAAACAAUAGUGAUCGAGGUGGGGAUCGAGGAACAGAGAUGGAGGUGGAUGAACCGACAACAGGUGCAAAUACAGGUUCCAACGCUAGUACCGUCGAGAUCCCUGCUAGUAAAGCUACUAAGUUACGUGGUCAUGAGUCAGAAGUGUUCAUUUGUGCCUGGAAUCCAACAACAGAUUUAUUAGCUUCUGGAUCAGGUGAUAGUACUGCUCGAAUUUGGGAUAUGUCGGACAACUCGCAAGCACCCAAUCAGUUGGUUCUACGUCACUGUAUACAGAAGGGUGGCACUGAAGUACCUAGCAAUAAAGACGUCACGUCAUUGGAUUGGAAGUGUGAUGGCACAUUACUUGCGACAGGGAGUUAUGAUGGAUACGCACGAAUCUGGACAACAGAUGGCCGUCUGGCAUCUACUUUGGGCCAGCACAAAGGUCCGAUUUUUGCACUAAAAUGGAACAAACGGGGCAAUUACAUUCUGAGUGCUGGCGUCGAUAAAACGACGAUUAUUUGGGAUGCCGAAAGCGGACAAUGUACACAACAAUUUAGUUUUCAUUGUGCACCUGCUUUGGAUGUCGAUUGGCAAACAAACACAUCAUUCGCAAGUUGUUCUACAGAUCAAUGUAUACAUGUGUGCAAACUCAACGUCGAUAAGCCCAUUAAAAGUUUUCAGGGUCAUACAAACGAAGUAAAUGCAAUUAAAUGGGACCCGCAAGGAAACCUGUUGGCUAGUUGUUCGGACGAUAUGAGUCUAAAAAUUUGGUCUAUGAAACAGGAUACUUGGGUGCACGAUCUGCAAGCCCAUAGUAAAGAAAUCUAUACGAUUAAAUGGUCACCGACUGGUCCAGGAACGCACAAUCCGAAUAUGAACUUAACAUUAGCAAGCGCAUCAUUCGACUCCACUGUUAGGUUAUGGGACGUGGAAAGGGGUGUUUGCAUACACACUCUUACUAAACACACCGAGCCUGUCUAUAGUGUAGCAUUCAGUCCUGAUGGAAAGUUUCUUGCCAGCGGUAGUUUCGAUAAAUGCGUUCAUAUAUGGUCUACACAAAGUGGACAGUUGGUACACAGUUAUAAAGGCACAGGCGGUAUCUUUGAAGUUUGCUGGAACAGUCGCGGUGACAAAGUUGGUGCGUCGGCAUCUGACGGCAGUGUAUUUGUUCUUGACCUUCGCAAAUUAUAAUUAUGAUUACGUCCUAGAAAGUCUUAUUUCUUUUGACAAUUUUCUUAUAAUUC